AUGGCGGACUUGGCGUUAAAACCAUCGAAGGAUCUUCAUACUUUUAUGGUAAAAAUGGACAGGCACAUUAAUCAGGAGGAAACACUCAGAGCCCUUCUCGGUAAUUCCCAGCAGCAACAACAGCCUUCCACCGAGAAGCCGAAGAAGAAGAAGAAGAAUCCUGAGCCCACACAGGAUGUCGGUCCCGGAGAGUACAAGAAGGCGAAGAAGAAUUUCAGAGAUUACAAGUGGACUCCAUUAAAUGCCUCUCUCACCGAGUGUGUAUCACUGAGACAGUUGAUUGAUAAAUUUAUCGAGAAUGGGAAGCUAGUCCGAUUUCUCAUUAAUGAGAGAGAAACCAACAGGAGCGGGACCAAUAUCCGCGACCUAGAAGAGAAGAAGAUCGGAAUGAAAGGAGAAACUAUAGACCGAGGCAGGAAGAAAGAAGAGGUAGGAGCAGAGAACCAACACCUUGGCCUCGAGGAGAAGAAAGAAGAGAAAGGAGCAGGAGUAGAGCUCGGGUGGAGCAGCAAGGCAACCUUCCUAUCAUCCACACCAUCUCGGGAGGAUUUGGAGGAGGAGGCCAGUCCAAUUCUGCCCGGAAGGCAUAUGCCAGGGUUCUCGGAUGAUGAUUAUUCUGGAGUCUCACUUCCGCACACAGAUGCCCUUGUGGUCACCUUAACAAUAGCAAAUUAUCAGACUCGACGGAUCCUUGUUGACACAGGGAGCUCGGCUGAUAUUCUGUUUAAGUCAGCCUUUGAUUACAUGAGAGUCCCACGGGAGAAGGUGGUCCCGAUCUCAUGCCAAUUACAGGGUUUCGCUGGAGAAAAGGUGCUACCUCUCGGUUCUAUCGAUCUCCUUGUGACGACGGAGACUUAUCCGAGGCAAAAGGUCAUCAUGGUGAAAUUCUUGAUAGUUGACAGAGUCUCGGCCUAUAAUGCCAUUAUCGGAAUGACAGCUCUCAACGACUUAAAAGCUGUGACCUCAACACCGCAUCUCAGUAUGAAGUUCCCGACAGAAGAAAGAGUUGGAGUGGUUAAGGGAGACCAGGAGGAGGCUAGGCGUUGUUACAACUUAUCCCUGAAAGACACCCCGAGGCAGCACAAUUUGGGUGAGAGAGCUAAGGAGGACGGGAAAUAG